GUGACCGCGAAGACCGGCAGACUGAGAGACAGACCGGCACCUGAAGCUGGAAUCAUGAAAUAACGGAGCGGAUUUGUGAAUGAAACCUCAGAGUGGAAACAUCACUCCAGCACGCGCGAAAAGGGACUCAAUUCACAAAAUGAAGCGGUCGACCUGAGAUGCUUCCGAUCUGCAGUUUUGUUUUACUUGUUUUUCCCCAGUUGAAUUGGGAGCCGAAUGCAAAACCCGCGUGCUUGCUUUCAGAAGAUUUAUUAUUUUUAAUCGCGUUUUCUGUCCGAAUGUUCAGAAGAUUCUAGCGUUAAUGAUUAGUCACCUGUCGGGUUUAUAGUCUAGUUUACAUCGGAGACAAGUGAACGGAUUAAAGAUAAUAACCCUCUUCUUUCACACAAGGGUCUUGCGAUUUCCCGUUUGGAGACUUAAAGGACCCCUCGCUCCAGUGCCAUUACGCGCACUGAUGCGCACAGCUCCCCGGUGCUCCCAGUCGCAUGGACGCGGGAAGUGCACCCUAAAACCAGGCAUUAUGAAAAACAACAUUAAUUUAUGAAGAAGCUUAAACCUAUAUAAUGUUUUUCUUACUGGCAUACAUGUGUAGUACACGAGUACACUAGUGGGGUUGUAGUUUACCGCUGGUUUGUUGUAUUGUAAAAUCAUAUUGAGUAUUAGAUAUAAACCGCCCAUUCAAAUGGCUCAUCAUGUAGCAUGACGCCAUCAUAUGGACUGUGCACCCCCCUCCCCUCCCCUCUCCAACAACUCUGACUGACCGCCUCCAGCAUCCCCGUGCGUAAUGCUGAACAGACCGACCCUCCGCGACCACGACCCGAUGCGACUCCUGGACGCGAGGCAACUUCCGCAACUGAUGUCCCUGGAGGACCAUGAGCCCACCCUGGUGGAAGGGACCCUGGGGCCGCGCAACUCCACCCCGCCCGGGGAGGAGGGGGCUCCGGGUCAGCAGCACCAGUCCUUCCCCUGGGUGGCGACCCUGCUGGCCGGCGUCCUGAUCACGACCAUCGUGGUGGAUGUUAUCGGGAACCUGCUGGUCAUCGUGUCCGUGUUCCGGAACAGGAAACUCAGGAAAGCAGGAAACGCCUUCGUGGUGAGCCUGGCACUUGCCGACCUGGUGGUCGCCAUCUAUCCCUACCCGCUGGUGCUGACCGCCAUUUUCCACGACGGCUGGAUCGCCGGCUACAUCCACUGUCAGAUCAGCGGCUUCCUCAUGGGCCUCAGCGUCAUUGGCUCCAUCUUCAACAUCACGGGCAUCGCCAUCAACCGCUACUGCUACAUCUGCCACAGCCUCAAGUACGACAAGCUCUUCUCCAACAGCAACACCAUGUGCUACGUGGUGCUCGUGUGGGCGCUCACCAUCCUCGCCAUCGUGCCCAACUGGUUCGUGGAGUCGCUGCAGUAUGACCCGCGGGUGUACUCCUGCACCUUCGCCCAGUCGGUCAGCUCGCUGUACACCAUCACGGUGGUGGUGGUGCACUUCAUCCUGCCGAUCAGCAUCGUCAGCUACUGCUACCUGCGCAUCUGGAUCCUCGUCAUCCAGGUGAGGAGGAGGGUCAAGCCGGACUCGCGGACGAAGAUCAAGCCGCACGACCUCCGCAACUUUCUCACCAUGUUUGUGGUGUUCGUGCUCUUCGCCGUCUGCUGGGCACCGCUGAACCUGAUCGGUCUGGGGGUGGCGCUGGACUCCAGGCUGAGCCGGGCGAUACCGGAGUGGCUGUUCACGGCCAGUUACUUCAUGGCGUACUUCAACAGCUGCCUCAACGCCGUCGUCUACGGCGUCCUGAACCACAACUUCAGGAAGGAGUACAAGAGGAUCGUCCUGAUCAUCUUCAAGUUUCACUGCUGAGACGAUGCGCUGAUGGGGUGGCGUCAUUCUCUACUUUUCUGACAAGAAAAUACUGUUAAUAUACCUGCAAACUUGUCGCUUUUCGGCAAAAUUCGCCAUUUUGAAUCAAAAUAUAUCA